CACAGGCUCAGAGAUCGAACGCUUGGAGGGGGUGACUACAUUGUGUCUAUUGUAUGUUUUUUUCUUUUUUUUUUCCCCCUGGCAUUUUGUCCAUUUCACCGGAGGUUUAAAUCGUGAGUGAAAAGCAUGGCAGAUGAGCAAGAAAUUAUGUGCAAACUCGAGAGCAUCAAGGAGAUCAGGAAUAAGACUUUGCAGAUGGAAAAAAUAAAGGCACGACUAAAAGCAGAAUUUGAAGCCCUGGAGUCUGAGGAGAGGCACCUGAAAGAAUACAAACAGGAAAUGGACCUGCUGCUGCAAGAGAAGAUGGCCCAUGUGGAGGAGCUGCGGCUGAUCCAUGCUGAUAUUAAUGUGAUGGAGAAUACUAUCAAGCAGUCUGAGAACGACCUCAACAAGCUCUUGGAAUCUACUCGUCGCCUACAUGAGGAGUACAAACCCCUGAAGGAGCAUGUAGAUGCUUUGCGGAUGACUCUGGGAUUGCAGAGGCUGCCAGAUCUGUGUGAGGAGGAAGAGAAACUAUCCCUUGACUACUUUGAAAAGCAGAAAGCAGAAUGGCAGACAGAACCACAGGAGCCUCCCAUCCCAGAGUCUCUGGCUGCAGCUGCAGCAGCUGCCCAACAGCUGCAAGUGGCGAGGAAACAAGACACCAGACAGACAGCGACUUUCAGACAGCAGCCACCUCCCAUGAAGGCAUGUUUAUCGUGUCACCAACAAAUUCAUCGGAACGCACCCAUAUGUCCACUCUGCAAAGCAAAGAGCCGAUCUCGGAAUCCCAAAAAGCCCAAGAGGAAACAGGAUGAAUGAAGCCCAGAAGAUUGACAAGCAAACACGUGAUCUAUUCCAGUACCCUUCCGGUAGAACUGCAAAUGUGGCCAGACUUUACUGAAGUGCAGACUCAAGUAUGACCGACCCAUUGUUUUCUAUUUAACGCAAUGUAAGCACAAUGUUCCUGUUCUGUCUUAAUUUCCUUCCAGUCCUUAGGAUUUGGUUUUAGGAAAGUAAGUAUUACUGGUGCUACACUUUAACAUUCCAAUCAUACCAUCAUUUGGACUUCUAAACAAUGUGGAAUUCUCACGCAGGUAUCCUAAAUGCCAGGCUGUUCCUAUUGACCAAAUAUGAUUACCACAAAGGCUUUUAUGUUCUCUUUUUACAAACAGAUGUUACUAAAAGAUUAUUCUGCUUUCUCCUGGUAACAGGAGACUAUCUGAAGUACUGAAAUAGCAGGCUGUCUAUUUUUGUUUCACUGAAGAACAAUUUCUUUUCCAAGCUAGUAAGAUUGCAUAGGUUUGGGUAUCCAAUAGAGCUCUUUUUAUACAAGGGAAAAAAGAGAAAUUGGUUACACAGGGAAUUGGUGCAUUAAGGACUCACAUAAGUUCACUAGAGUUUGACUGCACCAUUCCAUCAGACUUGACAAAAUUUGGAAGGGGGAUCAAGUUGCUGGCUGUGUAUGAAUUUCUAAAAAUGAUGUAAUUUGUGAUGCUUUAACAUCUUAAUAUGGCAUUACUUUCAGCAGUCAGAAGACUGAUUGACUUAAGUACAAGGCUCAGAUGAACUGUAUUAAUGGUCCUCCUAGGUUCUGUGGCUAACCAGCCUGUGGUUCUCUAGGAAACAUGCAUGGAAGAUCUCAAAUCUCUCUGCACACAGACUGCAACACGAGCCAUUCUGCACAUCAUCUACUCCUGGUUUCUAUAGCCAGAAUCUCCCUUGGCAGGCAUAUCCUCCACUGGAGCACAGGAGAGUUUAGGAACAUGCACCAGGAGCAGUAUCAACUAAAAAUUGAUAUAUUUUGCCAGAACUGCCUGGCUUUGGUGUCAUCGUCCUCCCAUUUUUGUAUCUUUAAUGUGUCAUUUUCAAGUAAGCUUUAUUUCAUCCCAUGUUUUUUUCUUGCUCUGUAUGUGUGCCAAAAGAGCCUUUACUAAAGGAUCCUUUAGACUUCUCCCCGUAUUCGUGUCUUCCCUUUGUUUCACCCUAGGUAACAACAGUUCCUCCAAUGGGGACGAUGGCAGUGGGCCAGCUACAGAACCGAGGCUUAAAAUUUACUCAUUUCUGAUCCCAGUUUUGUCACCACCUUUGCCAUCUAAAUUGAUCUUGACUAUUAAAUAUUCUUUUCACUAACUUCAGGAGACAGGGACCACCUCUGUACAUUCUCUCUUUAACCCAGGUUUUCUUCUACUAUUAUGCUAGAGUGGUUAUAUUGAGAACUUUGCCUGUUAAAUAGGAAGGACAGGGAAGCCCAGUGUCUCUGGUCAGAACUUUGCCAAAUGCUGGGGACUGUACAAAGCCACAUAAACCAAUUUUACUGGCCAAAUCACAUACAUUGCCAUGGAUUUCCCAACUCUGUCACAAAGUACAUGAGUAUUUUAUUGAAUACAGUCCUAUAAUUUAUGCCAAGUUCAGUUGAUAUUCUCCCAUUUUAAUGUUUCAUAGCUAAGCAUCUGUCAACAGCAGAGACAGAAUGUGGACCCUGCGGUCCUGAAAAUAUGUGAAGAGCAGUAAAUUCUGUUAGCUGAAUUACGGGGAUUCAGUCUCUGUGAGACAGCAAUAAUGGAGGUCAGUAGCCUGACCCCAUGCUCCAAAUGGCAGUAGUGCCCUAGCUCUAUGAUCAUGCAAGUUUCCUAACACAAAUACUGGAUUCUACUUUUAAGUGUCAGAGCAGCCACAUGCUGUGUGCCCUGGUCAGAGCAAUUCCUAUUGAGUUGAAGGGAAAAUGCACAGAGUUAAAGGACAGUACAUGGACUCCCCCAGAGCAUGUGCAUACUUUGAUGACAGCCAUAGAUAAAUUUAAAGAGUAGCGACAAUGGAGGAUGGGCAAAUGGUCUGCAAUGAAGUAGCAUGAAUAGAAAGAUAUAUUUGUAGAAACUUCAACUUACAGUUCUGAAAUAGGGUUAGUUGUAGCUGCUCUCUCUCACUUUACUGUUACAUUGCCAGGUUCCUGCUUUCUUGGGAGGUCUCUAGAACUCUAAACUGAAGUAUGCUUAAGGAGGCACCAUUUACUAAUUUAGCGUGGCAGUUUUGUAUUUUUACUUUUUUAAACUAGUUUCUUGUGCUCUUGUGUUUAACAAGGUAUGUUUU